UCAUUUGAGCAUAUAACAGCGGCCAUUUAACAUUUGCUUUGCAGCCAAACAGCAGCCCAACAGCGCAAAUUUAUUGUAGUACGCUAACGGUUUUUAAACGGUACAGUUACAAUUGAGUUGUCAACCGUUACGGACGCAAGUUCUGAUUAGGAUCUGUGUUAUUAAAAAAUUUGCCUAAAACGCAAAUAAUUUACAAGUUAUACGUUGAACGCGCGUCGCCGUCGUCGUCCACGUAAAUUCCACUCACACAUACCACAGCAAAAGUCGCCGCCAGCAGCAGCCGCAGCGGAUUAACCUUUAGCUACAUUUCUUUCCAAACACAACAAAAACCCAACAACAAAAAUGGCCGAUCAGCUGACAGAGGAACAAAUCGCUGAGUUCAAAGAGGCGUUCUCGCUAUUCGACAAAGACGGCGAUGGCACCAUCACAACAAAGGAAUUGGGAACAGUCAUGCGCUCCCUGGGACAGAACCCCACAGAGGCUGAGCUGCAGGAUAUGAUAAACGAGGUCGAUGCCGAUGGCAACGGUACAAUUGAUUUCCCAGAAUUCCUUACCAUGAUGGCACGCAAAAUGAAGGACACCGAUAGCGAAGAGGAGAUUCGGGAAGCCUUCAGAGUGUUCGAUAAGGAUGGCAACGGCUUCAUUUCAGCGGCCGAAUUGCGUCACGUAAUGACAAAUUUGGGCGAGAAAUUAACAGACGAGGAGGUCGAUGAGAUGAUCCGUGAGGCUGAUAUCGAUGGUGAUGGUCAGGUCAAUUACGAAGAAUUCGUGACUAUGAUGACAUCGAAGUGAAGCGUUAAAUUAUUUCUUUUUAAGCCUUUCUAUUUUUUUAAGAUGUUGACGAAGACUGUAGCUGUGCGCAAUAACAUCGCGCCGCGCUGUUGCUAUGGACCCCAGUAAAAGAUCUUAAAAAAACAACAAAGAGUUAAGCAAAAAACAAAACAACAACAAGAAGAAGAAACAUAAAAAACAACAACAUUUAAGAAACUUAUAAAAAAAAAUGAAAAGAACUUACACUUAAACGAAGCAUAAAGAAAAGAAAAGAGAAAAGCAAAAAGCAAGAAAAUUUAAACAAGCAAAAAAUGAGAAAAAAACCCAGAAAAAAUUACAUGAAAAAUUAUAUAAAAAACAAAACAAAACACACUUAAUUUUAAUGCAAAAAGCGAAAAAGAAAAGAAACCAACAACAAAACAGCAAAACUUAAAGAAGUCACCGUUUAAACAACAACAAAAAGCAUGUUAUAAGUAAACAACAACAAAAAUUAAACUACUACACUUAACUACAGGCAUACCACACUAUAACAAACAACACGACAACAACAACAACAACA